GCGUGUGCUGUGAAUUCGUGUUAGCAGUUAAAUGUCAAAUGCAGUGAAUAUUCUUGAACUGAUUCUUGAACGGUGACAGGCGACAGUGGGUGUGCGGGGGUGACUGGAGUGAUGGGAUGGGGCCAGAGCCCCAUGGAGUUCGGGUAGACCCGUCUCCGGCCCAGCUCCCCAGCCCCCUCCGCCAUCGUUAUCGCCGCUGCUCCUGCAAGAGACGCAGAGGGCCGCCUCGAACGCGAUGGAGGCCUCUAGCACUCAACACCCGAAGGAGAAGGAACCACGCGUUCAUAGGCCUUGCGCCUUCGACAAGAUGGAGGGGCUGGUGCGGGAGAUGCAAGACCCUGAGAACGGGGUGCCCGUGCGCAGCCAGAAACAAUUCCUUACCUCGAUCCCUUCAGCAUUCAUGGGUGAGUGUCAAUGGUACCUGAGUUGCGGAGCACCAAAUUUUGGACUUAAUUCUACAGUAGACUGCUUGCGUGUUUCAGGUUAUGACCUAAUCGAGUGGCUGAUGGAGCGAUUAAACAUCGAGGAAUCAGUAGAGGCGGUUCAUAUUGCUAAUCAACUUUGCCAGUAUGGCUACUUCUUCCCUGUGAAUGAUUCCAAGACUCUUACCGUAAAAGACGACAGCUCUCUUUAUAGGUUCCAAACUCCCUACUAUUGGCCAUGGCAGCAUAGAACACCUGACAAUGUGGAGUACGCUAUUUAUUUGGCUAAGCGCACCCUCAGAAAUAAACAGCGUCAUGCUCUUGAAGAUUAUGAGAUUGAGGCUUUAAGCAAUCUAAAGAAGAAUCUGCAAAACAAGUGGGACGUAAUACAAUUGCAAGCUGAAGAACAAGUACGAUUGUCAAAAGAAAGAAAGAAAGGAGAUAAAAUUGUGAGCGAUUCGCAAGAACGUGCAUUUUGGAGAGUUUACCGACCGCCUCCUGGAUGUUCGAGUAGCCUUGAAGUAGUGCCCGUGCCUACUCGUGCAAGACCUGGCCAGCCGCGAGCUCCUCCCCGCAAAAGGACUCUUACCGAUUUGCAGCGCGAGGUUGAGCUUUUGCGAAGUAGUGUGACACGUACAAGAAUAAAGGUUUCAGUUGCUAUUGAAAAUCUAAAGUCUCACUACGAAACAUACGUAGAAUACGAUCCUAUGCUUACGCAACCACAACCUUCCAAUCCAUGGAUCACUGACGAUCACACUUUCUGGCUACUAAAUAGCCCUUUGGUGGAAAUUCCAACUGAAAAAAGAGUAAAACGGUGGGCACUGUCGAUGGAGGAAAUAAUGUCAGAUCCGACGGGUUUGCUGGAGUUCACGAAUUAUCUGAGAAAGGAAUAUAGUCAUGAGAAUAUUCGAUUUUGGAUGGCUGUGAAGGAUUUGAGGCACAGUUUUCAAGCCCAGAUACCUCAAAAAGUCAAAUCAAUUUAUAAAGAAUUUUUGGAAAGAGGUUCCCCCUGUGAAAUCAAUAUCGACGGAAAGACUUUAGAGAAAGUUAUGGAGGAGAUGAAAACCCCGACUAGGUUUACUUGUGAUGCAGCUGCCGAACACGUAUACACGUUACUUCUCAAAAAGGAUUGUUAUCCCAGAUUCAUUCGCUCCGAUCAUUACCGAACUCUUUUAGCUUCCGGAGUUCAACCACUAGUCAAGAAAAGUGUGCAGUUCCGAGAUAUAAGAUUCUUUGGAUUUGGAGGACAGGCAAAGAAAAAAACUCCUUCCACAUCGAACCCUAUGCCCGGGAUUCUUCAACAGCAUACGGUCGGUGGAGGAUCUGGAGGAAGACGACGGGGAAGUGAUCGAAGUCUUUCUGGAUCAGCGCACGAACUCGCGGUUUGUGGAGUUCGUGAUGUUUCGUCAACUCCUCGAGUUCCACAUUCUCACAGCCAGUCGAACCUCACAGAUAUUCCCUACAGGGAUGCUGGCGUGGCGGAAGCAACAGUUCGCCCUAUGGACGAUGUCUGUCCGUGGGAUGCUGCACCCGGACCGAAUGCCGAAGCAGAGCCAGAUAUCGCGGCACCAACAUCAUCUGGAGCAAUGGCAUCGUUUGAGACCUCAUCAUUCGACGCCAAUGCCGCUCAAUCUCAGACUCUCGAGUCUCGACCCUCGCGCAAGAACUCUUCUCAAUUAGAUUCAUGCAGUUCCUCAUCUGACAUUAGUAUAGCAAUCGCGGAAGUUUCAGAAAGACUGCGUAAAUCCUGUGGCCCGUAUCCUAGCAGUUCGAGUAGUAGCACUGAACGUGCAAGCACGGCUAUGAUCACCCGCAACUAUUCAGUAGGUUCCAUAAGUGGAAAGGUCAAGCUCUCAGACACCAGCAGAUCUUCUGUGUCGUCCUACACUUGUCCUUCGUCCCAGCAGUCGCUUGAUCUCUCUCAUCUAGUCGAAGAAAAAUCCGAAUCAUUGAGUGUGGUUAGAACUGUCCCUGAAGAGUUGCAGGUUCAAGUUCGAACAAACGUGAAACUUCCUAAGGAUGAUCACGUGCCCGGCAAGGCGCCCUUGAUCAGUAUAAGUGCAAUUGUGGGGGACUUGUCUGGGGACGCGGUUGAUUCUGAAAUGGAGAGUAUCGCGGGCCCAAGCUGGGAGUGCAUUUCGAGAGAAGAGCAAGCGACACAAACGAGUUAUAACAAAGUUGACGUAGAUGUGCAGAAAGACGAUGGUGGUAAUGACGAUGUGUCGAAGACUAUGGUGCCGGUUCAUAGUGAACUGAAAACUGAGGAAGGAGCAGAAGAGGCGCAAGUUGUUCCUGUCUGGGCACCGGACACCCAGCAGAAUCCAACCGCCACCACGACUGCGACAACUCAGGAGCAGGGAGACAAUAAUGUUAACGAAGUGUGCCCGUGGGAAGACGAGGAAAAUUGUAGAGUGGAUACGCCCUAUGUAAAAACUUACGCGACGUUAGGUUAUUUGUAAUUUGGACUUAGAACGCUAAUCUUACAUACCUUAGGGUUACCAGACGUCCUUGCGGACUUCGUGUAGUACCCUAGGCUAGAUUUGCCUUUCGAAACGUCUGGAAAGGCCUGGGUACUUGGGUUGUUUUCCAAAGAUGCAGCAUCCUAAAAGGUAUUCUUCAAGAUAAAGAGUGAUAUUCGAUUUACGUAAAUAUUAUAAUAUACUUUGCUUUAAGGCAGAAGUGGUUCUACUUUUCUAUGUUAGAAAUUCGCACUCACGAAUCUCUGGUAACCCUACGAACUUUAAACUUGAAACUUUGCAAAUCCGAUUUCCACUUCUUCUACUUCGCUAAGCCCGAGGAUCCAGAGUACUUCGCAAAUAUGAUUCAACUUUCUAAAGUUGUUGUUUCACCUAGUAUGUUGUUCUCAGUAAAUAGUGUUUUUGAAAGUUUUUAUCGGCAUUCUAGUGUUUCGGAAAUAGUCUGAAACACUAAUUUAGAGACUUUUAUGUGAAUUUUUAAGUCAUUUUUAGAUUGCGAACUUAAUACGUUAUAAGCUUUUAUUUUUUAUUUACAAUAUAGAGAUUUUCAAAAAAAGCGUAGCUAUAUUUUGUCAAAUUAAAUCGAUAGGCAGGAACCAUUUUGAAGUGAGAGGAUCUAAUUUUUAAGCUUGAAGCAUGAAUAGUGAGUUGGAAAAUAAAUGGAGUAUGAACUCCGAUUCCUGUAAGGUUGAACAAUUGAACACUGUACAAACGUACAACCAUACGAAGUAAAUAUGAUUGUGGCCUAAAGUUUAAGGUUUGAUUUCUUUGAAGGAAACGUUUGCAAAUUUCUGAGGGACGAGGAGGUUGCUAUACAGAUACUGAUAAUUUUUUUACAAAUGUAUACAUAGAUAUAAUCUUAAACACGUUGGGUGGAAUACAUUAUGUCUUUGUUGUUACCACUUGGCGUUCUAAUGUUUAUCUAAUAUUUAUAAACGAAAGAAGAUGCCAAGUUAAGCAAAUAUCAUACAUUUUAGAUAUAUGUUGACAUCAGUAUGAUAAGUGAAAAUAUGGAUGCACUCUUUUCAAGUAAUUUUGUGUGUAUAUGCAUUGUACAGAUUCGUUCCUGGGGAUUCAGUCAAUCUUGAGCCCAAUGACCUUUCCCUUGGACCGCAAUCUUAUUCGAAGCACUUUUUAAAACCUUUAUUAUUCUUUUUCGACCUGAAUGAUCAGAGAAGCAAACAUCUUUUAGUGCUCAAAUGUUUUAGACUUUUCUUUGUUUCGAAAUUUAUGUUUAAUUAUUUUUUAAGUUUGCUUUGUCUCUUAAUAUUCUACAAAAUUCUUUUGAGAUUAUAUGAAAAUUUGGUUCUAAGGUGGUACUGCACUUAUCGAUGUGAAAGUUUAAUCUCGUAGUACGUCAAUAGUAACGUACAUAAAUCGUUAGUCGUGUAUAGUCCAGUCUCUAGUUCAAAAUAGAUGUUCUUUGUGUGUUUAAAUUAUGUGGAUAUCUAUUUACAAUCAAUGGAAAAUACAUCCUCUACCGUAAAAAAUCAUUGUCUAAUAAUCGAGUCUUAAUUUAUCUUUUAAGAACUAUUCUAGGUUUAACAUUCUUGCGUACACGUUUCGUGUUGCAUGUAUUAAUAUAUUUAAUAUUGAGGUAUUUCUACGUCAUCAAGACGAACUAUAUAAAAAACAGACUCAGGAUUCAGGAACUGCGACUGCCCCAGCACCUGGAACCUUUGCAUUCAACAAAUUGUUGGUGUUAAUCUCUAGUGUCGCUAUUUACUGUAUUUGAUAUUGUAGAUUCAAGUUUCAAAAAUGUUAAAAUAGACGUUAGAAGAAUAUUCCAAGUUGAGAAAACUCGAUGGUGGACCUGAAAAUUAAUAUCGGAAUGGAAAAUUUAUAUUAUAUUUUUCAAGCUUUAGCACUGCAAGUUUAUUUAUAUUUUUUUAACUAUGCUAGUCAUGAAAAUACGCUUAUCUUAUAAUUGAGGACUUUAAUUUUUUGUCUUUGUAGUACAAUUUUUAUAGAUGGUAAAUCUCACUUGUUAUAUAGGUGGUUCCGUUCUGUCGUUGUAUGAAAUGCGAAUUAACUCUGGGCCCUCGAGGAGAAAUUUAUCUGUAAAUUCUCAUGUACCAAACCUAAUAUUUUAACGAUGAGUGUAUUUUGACGGGAGCUCAAUUUAAUUUAAACUGGAUUCUUAUCGUAACUAGUUAAUCAGGUGAAAAUCACAAUUUCACCGAAAUGUGAAUGCGAUUAUCUUGCCAGCGUUAAGGCUUCGAAUUCCGGAGCAAAUCGGCAAGAAUAGCAUACUGGUGUUAUUCUCAUGUAGGCGUAAAUUUUAUAGGAAAAGGUAUUAUUCGAAUGUAUGAGGUGUUAGUGCGAAUUAUUGUUUAUGAAACAAACUUGUUGUGAUGAACUUGAACUCAGCAUUUUUUAAGAAUCUCAGACGUAGUGUAAAAUCAAUCAAAACUUUGCUCGUAAAUUGAAACGAGUUCUAUGUGCAAUCAACACUUGUGCUUGGUGCGUUUUAUUGUUUUUCAUUGCCACAUUUGUUAUAUUAUAUGUGCCAUGACGCAGAGAUUGCAAUUUGAUAAAUUCAGUCCUUGUUUCUUACGCAAUUUUUCAGUGAAAAUCAGGAAAGGUAACAAAUGUAAAUCAAAUCAAUUAAAUCUACAUCUAUUGCAGAAAUUGCUACCAUGAAACGUUUGUUGUUAUUAAGAAAAUUUGUUCUUGUUUAUGUAAAAGUCAUCGUUGCAAAAAAGGGGCACACAAAGUUUUGUAGAUUGGCUUUGUAGACUGAUUUAUUAUGUGCCAUUAGGAGGUAAUUUUAAGAGAAUAAUUUUUUUAAAGAUUUAGUUUAUGUUGCCUAGUCUUGUAUUUUAAGUGUAAAAGAAGAAUUUUUUAUUUUUAAAACAGUGGUUUGUUUAAUAUAAAGGACAAUGAUAUACUGUAACUCUUUUUGUGUAAUUUUGGUAACCCUAUUUUCAAAGUAAUUAUUAGUGAUCAGAAGACUGCAUAUGUACCUGAGAUCUUGCGAGGUGAAAACUUUGAAGUGGGCCUCCCAUUUUUCACCACUCGUUCUUGCGCUAUAUUUAAUUUCCAUUCAUCUUUUUUUUUGAACUUCAUUAAAUGUAAAUUAUUAAAAGAUUAUUUAGAGAGAUCGAUUUAAACGCAAGGAUGCAUCCAGUUUUUUGUGUGUGUGCCCCGCUUCUAAUUUUCAUUUUUGUCAACAACAAAAAAAAUCGCUAUGUUUUCUCGCUGCUUAACUCCACCACGUGUACACUUUUCUCUGUAUAGAAUUUUUUAAUAAGAGAGAAACUUCUUGUUGCCAUUCUGAUGCUGUUAAGUUUUCACGAUCGUUAUCCUGGGUUUUCUAUUUCUUCAUCUUUUUUUCUUCUUUUAAGAAGAAAAUGCAAUGAACGACCGUCUUGACUCUCUUGAAGAGGAAAAUUGUAGAUUUUUCACGACUCAAAGAUGCUACGAAAAAACACUUUGACCUCGUGUCCGAAAUUUCGAGUAGAUGCUGAUAUUAUUAAAUGUUUAAGGAAAAUAAAAUAAACCCAAGUAUAAUAACUAAACAGGAUCACUAAAAAUGCAAUGGGACAAAGAGUUUCUCGCCUUUUCGAGAUAAAUAAGCUUAAUGUUAAAACUUUGGAUAUUUCCGUAAAACGAAAUAAGAGACGAUACUAAACGCGAUAUUAUAAAUAAAAAUUGAAUCAUAAUAAUGUGUUAAAUGCGCCAUGUUAUUGGAUAAUUCAGAACAGUAACGACUAUGGACGUUGAGUAGUUGCGUAUAUGUAGCAAAGUAGAAGGAGAAAUUGUAAUUCAAUUUAUUACACUUCGUAAUACGCUAGUGGCCAAGUGCAUCGAGCACCGUUUAUUUUGAAGCUGCGUUAAUGUUAUUACUUCGACGAUGACUAUUAAAUGAUAUACAGCACGUACGAGGAAAAUGUUACUAGCUAUACGAGAAUACGUUAUAGAGGGUAAAAAGCUUUAGUGUAUAUAGUUUUAUAAAGUGUUACUAGUGAUUGAGGAUAUAGCUGAUACACUUCGUGCUGGCGAUAGUCUCGUCUCAUCGAAACUAAACCAAAAAAGGGGAUAAAUGUAAGGAAAGAAAUUCUAACCGAAAUUCCCAACAAACAGUAACCACCUGUUAUCAAGACGAUGCGUAUAAUAACUGACUGUUUCAUUAAUUACAUACUGUACAUCGUAUAUUAUUCAGAUGAUUAGUAACUUUGUUACUGCGUUUAAUAUACCGAUCUACGGGUAACGAAAUGUAAGCUGUCUAAUACCAUGUCCUUAUAUGAAAUAUUAUAGUGCCAUUAAAAUGAUUAUAGUACUGAAAAA